AAUUCCCCGCCAAACUAUGUGCAGUGACUUCAAAUAAGAAAUUCACGAACCCUUGAUUUUCCUUCGAAAUCCAAUCGACUGAAGUGAGAGAUCGAAAUGGACAAGUGUGAUAGAAAAAUUCAAGUCCGUACACUAAGCGGUGAAACGACUACCGUUUCGGUAUCGUCCGACAAAUCCAUUCACGAACUCAAGCUUCUUUUAAAGAUCAGUUUCCCUCCCGCCUCUUCCUCGCCAAAUUUCCACCUCUUCUUCAAGGGUGUAAAAUUGAACUUACAAAGUCAAGUAUGCAGUUUAACGAUGGAGCCUGGAGAAUUCAUUGUUCUUAUACCCUUCACUAAGAAGGAUAGGCCUCAAAAGCCAAAACCUGAUUUUUCUGAAAUUUCUUCAAAUGCUGCCGAACAAACCUCAAGUUUGAAAAAGUUUGUUGAUUCUGCGUAUACUGAUAUGAUGCAAGAAUUAGCUUCUUUGCGAGAAGAUGAAACAAGUAAAAUUGAUGAUAAUCAACCAAAAAGCUAUACAGAGUUUGGAAAUGUAAGUAGAGGUCCUUUAGAUGCAAAACGCAAGAGAAGUGUUGAUUCUAAUAGUCAAGAGGGGCGCCCUUAUGAUUUUUUGUGGAGUGUUUGGCGGUCUAAAAGCAAGGAUGCUCUUGAAGGACAGAAUUGUGAAAAGUUUGUUGAGGUUUUAGAGUCAUUGACUUGUUUAUUGGAUCCGCAUUCAGGGAAAUGUAUGUUGCUAAAAGAUGCCAGUAUGCGGCGUAGUAAUGGUGGACUGUGGGAAAGCAAUGAUAAUGAUACUUCUUGCUUGUGUCCAGCUUGGUUGAAGAAAAUUAUGGAGGCAUUUGCUUUCAUAAGCAUCUUUUGCGCAAAUCUUCAUUUACAAAAGGCAACGGUCACAUUGUCUCGAGUGAAGGAUGCACUGAAUGAGCUUAGCAAGUUUGGAGUUCGAGUUGAUAUUGAGGACGUUGAGCAUCUUUCUGUUCUUUGUCCUAAGGUGGUACAGUUUGCUAAUGAUGAUAUGGAGUUUAAGAAUUAUAGCAAUGCCAUUGUUAUCAUCAGUGCUCCAACUGAAGAAAGAUAUCAAGUAGAAGACAAUCUGAGAAUUGGCCACAAAGACAUGUCUUUAUCCAAGAUAUUUAAUGCAUUGAAGAAAUGGGAAAGUUCCUUUAAAUAUGAUCUGUGGGAGUGUAAAAUUAGAAAGACAGCCAUAUCCCUCUCCUUGGAGCAUUUGCUAACAUUUGUCAAGGAACGUGGUACUGUUGUCAAUGGAAAUGGAGGAAAACGACCUAGCAGAAACUUAUCCACUGCUUCAAGUUCUAAUGCCACCCAAAGACGAUGUAAUGACACUAGUCAAUUGUUACCAUUGGAAAUGGUUGAACAUUUGCGGAAGGGCCUUGGAUCUCAUGGACAGAUAGUACAUGUUGAAGACAUCAGUCCAAGGAAAGCUGUUCACGUAGAAAUCCCUUAUGAAAUCUCAGAUAAUGCAAAAUCAGCUCUUAAAUGUAUUGGGAUUUCUAAAUUAUAUAGCCACCAGGCACAGUCCAUAAGGGCAUCCCUUUCUGGGAGGAAUGUUGUUGUGGCAACAAUGACAUCUAGUGGAAAAUCUCUUUGCUAUAACCUGCCAGUUCUGGAAGCAUUAUCCCAAAAUUUGUUAUCAUGUGCCCUAUACUUGUUCCCAACAAAGGCCUUAGCUCAAGAUCAACUAAAAGCUUUGUUAACUAUGAUAGAAGCAUUUGGUGCCUCCAUUAAUAUUGGGAUAUAUGAUGGUGAUACUUCACAGAAGGACAGGAUAUGGCUGCGUGAUAAUGCUAGACUGUUGAUAACCAAUCCUGAUAUGCUGCACAUGUCAAUCUUGCCGUCACAUCGACGAUUCAGCCGAAUUUUAUUGAAUCUUAGGUAUGUAGUAGUUGAUGAAGCGCAUGCUUAUAAAGGAGCAUUUGGAUGUCAUACUGCUUUUAUAUUUAGAAGACUACGUCGCCUUUGCUGUCACGUAUAUGGUAGUGAUCCUUCUUUUGUAUUUUCUACUGCAACUUCUGCUAAUCCUCAGGAGCAUUGCAUGGACCUCGCAAAUCUGUCAACAUUGGAGCUGAUUAAAAAUGAUGGAAGUCCUUCAUCUCAAAAGCAUUUUGUCCUCUGGAAUCCUACUCCAAAUGCAAGGACUGUGUUGAACAAAGUUCAGAGUAACACGGAUGAUACAGGUCAUACUUCUCAUAAGAAUUCGAGUCCAAUUUCAGAAGUGUCAUACCUCUUUGCAGAAAUGGUUCAGCAUGGACUUCGCUGCAUUACUUUUUGCAAGUCACGUAAACUUUGUGAGCUUGUUUUAUCUUACACGCGUGAAAUUCUUCAGGGGACAGCAUCUCACCUGGUCAACUCUGUAUGCGCUUAUCGUGCUGGCUAUGUUGCACAGGAUCGAAGGAGAAUAGAGAGUGAUUUCUUUAGUGGGAAGCUUUGUGGUAUUGCUGCUACAAAUGCUCUUGAGUUGGGUAUUGAUGUUGGGCACAUUGAUGUAACUUUGCAUUUAGGUUUUCCUGGUAGUAUUGCCAGCCUGUGGCAACAAGCUGGCAGGUCUGGAAGAAGGGAGAAACCAUCUCUUGCUGUAUAUGUAGCGUUUGGAGGACCUCUUGAUCAAUAUUUUAUGAACUUUCCUCAGAAACUCUUCAAUAGCCCAAUUGAAUGUUGUCAUAUUGAUUCUGAAAACCAGCAGGUACUCGAGCAGCAUCUGGUUUGUGCUGCCCUUGAACACCCAGUAAGCUUGGUUUAUGAUGAGAAAUUCUUUGGAUGUGGUCUAAACAGUGCCAUUCUAACUCUUAAAAAUAAAGGUUACCUCAGUUCUGAUCCAUCACAUGAAUCUUCUGCUGAAGUAUGGAGUUACAUUGGGCAUGAGAAAAUGCCUUCACAUGCAAUCAGUAUACCAAUAGACACAGUGAAAUACAAAGUAAUAGACAUGCAAAAAAAUGAAGUUCUUGAGGAGAUUGAGGAAAGCAAAGCUUUCUUCCAGGUGUAUGAAGGUGCUGUGUACUUGCACCAAGGGCAUAACUAUCUGGUCAAGGAGUUAAAUAUACCUGAUAAGAUUGCCUUUUGCGAAAAAGCCAACCUGAAGUAUUACACUAAGACUCGUGAUUAUACAGAUAUUCAUGUUGUUGGUGGUAAUAUUGCCUAUCCAUCAAGGGGUUCCAAGAUCCAGUUGCUAAGAACAACAGCCCAAGCACAUAUUUGUAAAGUAACAACUACUUGGUUUGGUUUCUAUCGUUUAUGGAGAGGAAGUGGUGAAAUCUUUGAUACAGUUGAUCUUUAUCUGCCUAAAUAUUCAUAUGAAUCACAGGCAGUUUGGGUUCAAGUUCCGCAAUCAGUUAAAGCAGAGGUGGAAAAAAAAUUUUUGUUCCAAUCAGGCCUGCAUGCUGCCUCUCAUGCUCUUCUUCAUGUAGUGCCUAUAUUUUUGAGAUGCAACUUAUCUGACUUGGCUCCAGAGUGUCCAAACCCUCAUGAGACCCACUAUUUUCCAGAAAGAAUUCUAUUGUAUGAUCAGCAUCCUGGUGGGACUGGUGUUUCAAAACAGAUUCAACCAUAUUUUUCACAGCUUUUAACUGCUGCUUUAGAACUUCUAACAUCUUGCCUCUGUGUGGGAGACACUGGCUGCCCCAAUUGCGUCCAGAAUCUCAGUUGUUCUGAGUAUAAUGAGCUCAUACACAAGGAUGCAGCCAUUAUGAUUAUCAAGGGUGUUUUGGAUGCUGAGAAAUCUUACUUUGAAGGUCUCCCAGACUCCUUUGAAUCACCGACAGUGGAGGAUAACUGAACCAUUGAUGACUGAAGUUUACAGCAUACAAUGUAAACCCUCAUUUUGUUAACAACCAUGUAAAAAAAUUUUGGGUAGACAAAGGAGGGUUUUUUUUAUGAGUAUUUAUUGCUCAAGCCGUAAAAGGAAAAUAUAUAUUUACAUAUUGAUCGAAAUGGCCCAUGCAGGUCCCAAACCUGCGACUUCUGCGUUGUUAGCACGAUGCUUACCAACAGAGCUAUAAUAGGUCAGUAAAGGAAUUUUGAGAAAUAUAACAUACUCGUUAUAGUGGGGCUUUGAUAUGAACAAAAUAUUUGGAGAUGA